AUGUCGACCGGAACGUUUGACGCCAACAAGGCGCAGAACCUGCCCGAAAUCGAGAAGCAGAUGGCCGUCCGAUGUGUCGAGCACGCUCAGACCUACUGGAACCUGUUGGAGAAGAUCAAGCCCUCGUCCCUCCGCUUGACAAAACUCGACGAUGAGAUGUACGAAGACUUCCAGGCCACCUUCCCAGAAUUCGCAGAGUCGGCCGACCCCAAGUCCGUCCUCAAGGUCGACGAGGAGGCCAUGAAGAGCCCUGCAGGCAAGGAAAAGUGGCGUGUCUUCAUCAACAAGUACGAGAACAAGGUCGCCGACUUCAACUUUGGUACCUUGAUUCGUACCGACGCCUCCGACGAGUACACGCAGUUCAAUACCACCUUCGUCACGCGCCUUCAGUUCUACGUCUACGAGAUCGCACGUUGCCGUCGCGGCCUCAACGACUGGGUCUACGAAAAGGCCCAGAAGGAGGCUGCCAAGGAGAAGGCCAAGAAGGCUGCUUCCAGCUCCAAGUGA